AUGACCACCCAACAAUCGGAAGGUGGACUUCUCAACGAGAAGCCCCUCGAGCGCACGAUCCCCAUGAAUAAGGAAGGCCUCAACGGCAACCUAGAGGUAAAUGGCCACGCCUCUCCGCGCCGCGAAUCUCCUUCCUCUUCUCCUCCAAAGCAGGAUCAGAACGGUGAAAUGCGUUCUGCCAGUCUUGACACCCCACAGAACCAGGACGCAUUCCUUCCCAACGACAGUAUUACCAACGAGAUUAAGAACGCAGAUGAAACGGCGACGUCAGCUCGGCCAGAUAUUCAAGGGGAGAGCCGAGAGGAGGAAACGGCAAAACAUCUUGAAGACGUCGAAGAAGACGCACCUAAACUAAGGGACAUGGAUGCUAGACAGGAAACGGAGAACGAAACAACUCCUGCAGACACCGACAUGCCUGAUGCGCCCGCCAAUCAGGCGCCCGGAGAGAAAGUGUCGGAGGCAGCGUCACCGAAGUCGGAGGUGAAGACCGAAGCGGCGGACAUGGGUGAGGAGCAAGAAUUGCAACCCGAGAAUGCUGCUGAUGCGGCUGGCGCGCCUGAUGAUUUAGCGCCCCGCGACGAGAAAGAGGAUGUCGCAAUGGCGGACGCGGCUCCAGAGAAUGAAGUUUCGGUGGUCAAGGGUGCUUCAGAAGGUACAGGAGCAAACGGACUGCGCGACGUUUCGCCUGUUAGCCCCAAGGGCGCGGUUGACGAUUCUCGGCCUAACCACACCGAGUCGGCGGAUGCUCGCCUCACUGCUUCUGCAAUCAAUACAGAACUGGCUCAGCCAAUCGUAUCCGAGCCCGCGGAACCGUCUACAAAGUUCUCAAGGGAACGCGAUAUCGAUAGUGAAGAUGAGCCCGUCGCGAAGCGAACCAAGGUUGAUCACGCGACGGAGGGUCAAACACGGGAGAAGCGCGAAGCAGAUGGAGAGAGCAUGGCGGUCGAUCAGCCGGCUGCGAAUGAGAGUGGACAGGCCAAGAAUCUGAGUGACGACGCGCUCAACGACAGCCCAAUUACGGAGUGGCAAAACAAGCAGAUCCGGCAAGUCCUAGCGGGGGUCAAGAAGACAAAAGUAGGAGCGAUUUUCCGACUCCCAGUUGCGCAGCUCUGGCCCCAGCUGUGGGCCGAGUACUCAGCCAAGGUUUCCAACCCUGUUGACAUCAGCUCGAUGGAGAAACGUCUCCGCGGCGAUGGGCCACGCUAUGAGACCAUGGGUGAGUUCAAGCAAGACCUAGACUUGAUGGUGCAGAACUCGGUCACUUUCAACGGCGAGGCCCACGACGUGACGCUCCAGGCGAAAGCGUGCCGCGAAGCGAUCCUCGGCCGGAUGGCGUUGCAGCCAGCCACCGAACCUGCGAAGCCCGAGCGGAAGGAAUCCGCUAAAGCGCACAGCACGAGACAUGUUGAGCCUCGCGCAGCCACCGCCGUUUCCGUCGCCCCAGAAGCCGUUGUAGGCCGUCCCGCUAAGGGAGGUGCGGCCAGCCCUUCCCAGACACGGAACCCAGUCCCCGAGUCACCUGCAUUCGCCCUUCCUCCCAACAGCAACGGCGUGCCUCUGAUUCGGCGUGACUCGACCAAGGUUGACGGCCGCGCCAAGCGGCCAGUGAAGCCGGCCCACCCCAAAGACCUGGUCUACGACACGAAGCGCAAGAAGAAGCUGCCCUUGGAACUCCGCUUCUGCGACGAGGUUCUCACCGAACUCCGCAAGAGCAAGCACUAUGACAUCAACGCGGCCUUCCUUCAGCCUGUUGAUCCCGUCGCCCUGAACAUCCCCACAUACCACAAAGUCAUCAAGAAACCGAUGGACCUCUCCACGAUGGCUGAAAAGCUGGCGGGAGGCGACUACACGUCCCUUAAGGAGUUUGAGAAAGACUUCGAUCUAAUCAUCAAGAACUGCAGGCUGUUCAAUGGCGAAGACCACAUCGUCUAUGGUCAGGCGCGCCGUCUGCAAGACCUUUACCGCGCAGAGAUGUCCAAGAAGGACGAGUGGAUGGCCAGACAUGCUCCGGCCGCACCGUCCCGCGCUGCCGCAAGCCCUCAUCUGCAUGACGACUCAGAUUCGGAGGAAGCGGAUUCCGAGGCCGAUCCUGAACAAGACGAAGAGCGCAAGCUGGUCCAGCAACGUUUGGUUACGCUCCAAAAGCGGCUGGACCAGGAACAGAAGAAGAUUAAUGAGAUGCUCAAUUCCGGCACGUCACAGAUUGCGGACGUUGAAAUCUCACAGUCUGUCGUGGCCUUGCUUCAGAAGAACAUGAUGCAGGAGCGCGCUAAGCUUGCCAACCUCCCGGCGAAGAAGCCUAGCAAGCCCAAGCCAUCCAAAUCCAAGAAGGCCGGUGGCGCGGGAGGCAUCACCGGUAAAAAGGCUGCGGUCGCUGGGGCGGCGCCCAAGAAGAGUGGGACCAAGAAGACAGCCAAGAAAAAGAUCGGCCAGCUCGAGAAAGAUAUUGUUACGGACGCCAUAGGGAACCUGGAGGGCCAGCUGCUGGAGCGGGCUAUUGACAUUAUCAAGAAAGACACCGGCCAGGGAGAGAACGAUGCGGGCGAAUUGGAACUUGACAUCGAGGUCCUUUCCGACGAAGCCCUACAGAAGCUCUAUGACAUCGCCAUCAAGGCAUUCCCGAAUGUGCGUGCCGAGAAGGAGAGAGAGCGUUAUGGGAACCAGGCGGCACCCGCGGCACCUGAGCCCGCCGCCGCCGGAGCGAGGUCAGGUGCCAAGUCCAAGAAGAAUAAGCCAAUGAGCAAGAGCGAGCAGGAGCGCCGCAUCCAGCAGCUCAACGAGCUCCGCGCUCAGGCGGCUCGACAAGGCUCCGGUAGUCAGGAGCCCUUGGAGUCGAUUGAGGGCAACGGCCACGAGGCCAUCAACCAGCCUGAGCAGGACAGCGAAGACGAGGUUGACUCGGAGGAAGACUAG